GUGCGUGUGCUCAGCCUCAGCGUGAGGGGCACCUGCUUGUCUGGGCUCACAGCGGAGGCAGCCGCGCUGGGAGCUGCCGCUGCCGCUGCCGCUACUUCCACCCCUGGUGCUGCCGCUCGCAGGCGCUGGGCUCCCCGCUGUCCUCGCCGCCACCGCCGCCGCCGCCUCGCCAGCCAGAGUUGGGCUCCUCGGGCUUCCCCUCUCGCAGCCUCGGUUCUUCCCGGUUGUCUGCAAGUCAGCCUGGCGCCGAGUCACGUGUCAGUGCCUGAGGCAGAGACUGAGAGAAAAAAACGCGCUUCAUUCCUUCUUCCACCGCCAUACUGUAUUUUAUACUAAAUCUCAUUUUUAUUCCAACAUUUUACUCCCGCUCGUGGAAGGUUUUUCUGGAAAAAAAAAAUGAAGUGCCGUUUGGUUUCCUUGUCAACGGAGGAUGAAGUGAACAGCUGAGCAGCUCAAAGAGAGCAGGAUUAAAACAAAGUGAGUCAACCAUGACUGGCAAAACACAGACCAGCAACGUCACCAAUAAGAAUGACCCCAAGUCCAUCAACUCCCGUGUUUUCAUUGGAAAUCUAAAUACAGCCAUUGUGAAGAAAGUUGACAUUGAGGCCAUUUUUUCAAAGUAUGGAAAAAUAGUUGGAUGCUCUGUUCACAAAGGUUAUGCAUUCGUACAGUACAUGAGUGAGCGGCACGCCAGAGCUGCAGUGGCUGGAGAGAAUGCCAGGGUCAUCGCAGGCCAGCCACUUGAUAUCAACAUGGCAGGAGAACCCAAACCAUACAGACCAAAACCUGGAAACAAGCGGCCCCUUUCUGCACUUUACAGACUUGAAUCAAAGGAGCCUUUCCUGUCUGUUGGUGGUUAUGUCUUUGACUAUGAUUACUACAGAGAUGAUUUCUACAAUCGGUUGUUUGACUACCAUGGGCGUGUGCCGCCACCUCCUCGAGCUGUAAUUCCACUGAAGCGUCCCCGAGUGGCUGUCUCAACAACUCGCAGGGGGAAAGGAGUCUUUUCCAUGAAAGGUGGAUCAAGAUCUGCUGUCAGCGGGUCUUCAGGCUCUAAAUUGAAAUCCGAUGAGGUGCAGACAAUCAAGAAAGAAUUAACCCAGAUCAAAACUAAAAUUGACUCCUUGCUAGGGCGCCUGGAGAAGAUUGAGAAGCAGCAGAAGGCGGAGGCAGAAGCUCAGAAGAAGCAAUUGGAAGAGAGUAUAGAGCUGAUCCAAGACGAAUGUGUGUCAGAGAAUGCAGAUCACUCUGCAGAGGAGCCUGCUGAAGGAGGGCCAGAUGCGGAUGGAGAAGAGAUGACUGAUGGGAUAGAGGAGGACUUCGAUGAAGAUGGGGGUCAUGAGCUGUUUCUACAGAUAAAGUGAUCUGAAGUAACGUGUGAUGCUGCAAAGCAGAAAAGAGAAACUGUGACAACCCCCAGAAAUGUGAAAGGAGGUUUCUUACUGGAUAGCAGCAUCUUUGGUUCAAUUUAUAUAAAAACCCAAAUAAAUAAAAUGGACAGUAUUGCUCAGUUUUAGAAAUUCCAUUUCUUCUAUGUUCUAAGCUGUAUAAUUGUCAGGUUUUUAUGGUUUAAGUCAUAAAUGUGUUUUCCCCUUUGCUAAUUAUGUUUUUUUUUUAAGUCUUAAAAUGUGAAAGACAUUGAUGAAUGGUAAGGGAGACACUAUAUACAAAUGUAUAUUUGUAAAAGCUAUUUUUAUGAUUAGCAUGUUUCACUGUUGAUCAUAUAUAAAGUCAGGUGAUAUUGCAGUUCUACAUUUAAAGCUUAUUUCCCACAAUGUCAUGUAAGAAAAGACACAUCUUAUGCUAGUUUUUAUAAUUUAUUUUUAAUUUAUGGUUUAAAAUAUUUCAGAUCAUAAGGAUAAAAUACUUGAAAAGUUAUAUUUCUGCCCUCUAUAAGCACCAUUUUUAUUAAUAAAGAAUGCAAAUAUUUCAAAUAUGUUACAAUAGUUAAGGGACUGUUGGCUUGACCUGUGAUUAAGUUGAGCAUGCUCCACUCUACUGAACUAAAGUGAUCUAAUUAUUAUGUAAUACUUAAGUCUGGCUGUGAGAUUCCUUGGACAAGUUUUAAUGCUCUUAUAGGUGAGAACUAGAUUGCCAAGGAAAAGAUUGUCUGAUCUUUAGAUCCCAAAGUUUAAAUUAGUGCAUACAUCACUUCACUUCCUGUCCUAUUCCUAGGAAUUCUCAACUCCCAUGUAUUGCAAGUGUUUUCCAGAUUCUCUUAGCUGUUGUCUUGUGCUGUGGAAAUGGAAGAAACCAUCUUCACAGACUGUAGGAGAAUUCAGCAUAUAAUUUCUUAAUAAAUACUGUUUCUUUUAAAACAAA